AUGGCCUCCGUAACUUCGCCUUCAUCCGUGAACACUCAGGGCUCACCAACUCAAGCCCCGGCCGAGAAGCCCUCCCCUCCGCCCAUCGACAUCCUCCCCUCCCAGCUCGCGCAGGCCUAUUCAUACGUGCAUCCAGCAGUCCUGCUGGGGCUAUAUGCGUACCGGUUCGAGGCACUGGUCGCUGAUCCUGUGCGGGAGCUUCUUGCGGACCUGCCAUGGCUGGCUGCCCUGCAGAUCUCCUUUGUGAUGCUAUGUCUCCCGCCGGCUGGGUCGACGUCCACUGAAGCUGGCGCUGGAGCUGAGGAGGAGAAGAAGAAGGCUCCUAAGUCACCAUCAGGCCCCCUUCGCCAUGGGAAGCCUGGGUAUCGGCGGAAGCACUCGUCGGGAAAGAGCUCUUGGGCGUGUUUUUUCGCCAAGUUGAUGCCUGCAUUCCUUUCUUUCGCUCUCACAUCUCUUCUCGCCACUCCUCUAAUCGCCGUCCUCCUCGUUCUCUUCGGUGCCCCGCUUACCACUCACAAUGCGGAGACGAUCCUCUGUGCCGCUCACAUGGCACUUUUGUCUGCAACGGGGCUGGUCUAUGUUCACGGUGUGGAAGCAUCGGUUUGGAAGGAGGUCUGGGGAAUCGCCCGACCUGUGGAUGCAGUCUGGGGUAGUGCUCUAGGUACCGGUCUAGGAGCUUGGUUCGGAGCUAUCCCGAUCCCGCUGGACUGGGACCGCCCGUGGCAAGCAUUCCCUAUUACCAUCCUCACUGGCGCGUACAUUGGAUACGCUGUGGGGUCAUUGGUCUCUCGGACACCACUCCUCUAUGGAAAGCGGAUUGAGUUUGCGCCUGAGCAAGCUGAAGAGGAGGAGAAGAAGACUAACUAG